AUGGAGAUAUCUGAUCUUUUAAAUUUAAAACCUGAAAAUCUACCAAAAAGGAAGAAAGAUGACGAUGAGGAACUCGACAGCAGAACAAGAGCAUCAAUGGAAAGCUUAAAAAAACAAAGAAUUGAUGAGAAAAUUCUAGAAAUGGUAAAUAAUGCUGAUGAAGAUGAUGAGGAACAACAAGUCCUAGAUGAAAAUGGCUUAAAGAAGCUUGCAUUAUUGUUUGAGAGACGAGUAUUAAAGAACCAAGUGACUAGAUUAAAGUUUCAAGAUCAACCAGAGAAAUUUAUGGAUAGCGAAAUAGAUUUGCACGAAGUGAUCCAGCAGUUACAGCCAAUAGCGACUUGUCCUGAUUUAUAUCCAUUAAUGGUCUCGCUAAAUAUGAUGUCAAGUAUGUUAGAACUUCUAGCACAUCCAAACACGGAUAUUGUAGCUAUGAUGAUACAGAUUUUAGAUGAAUUAACUGAUGUGGAUGUCCUUAAUGAGAGCGAAGAAGGUGCUGAGAAGCUGAUUAAUUGUCUUCAAGAACAAAAAAUAACAAAAUUACUUGUAAGCUGUUUAGAUCGAUUUGAUGAAACGAUUAAGGAAGAAAGUGAUGCUGUGCAUAACACAUUCUCUAUUUUUGAGAAUCUGACAGAAUAUAAGCCAGAAAUGAGUGAGGAAAUUGCUGAACAAGGACUUCUUGCAUGGAUGUUAAAACGUUUAAAGGUCAAACAGUAUGAUGCAAAUAAGCUUUAUUGCUCUGAAAUCCUGUCAAUUCUGUUACAAAGUACUAAUGAAAAUCGAAUCUUGCUUGGUAAAAUUGAAGGAAUCGAUGUCUUGCUGCAACAGCUUGCUGUAUACAAAAAACAUGAUCCAGUUGAAGGCGAGGAAGAGACAGAAUACAUGGAAAAUAUUUUCAACAGCUUAUGCUCAAGCUUAUUGGCUAAGGAGAAUCGAGCAAAUUUCUUAAAAGGUGAAGGAUGUCAAUUGAUGAAUUUAAUGCUAAGAGAAAAGAAAUUGUCAAGAAAUGGAGCUUUAAAAGUACUUGAUUAUGCUUGUUCAGGACUUGAUGGAAAAGAAAAUUGUCAGAAACUCGUUGACAUUCUUGGAUUGAGAACCAUAUUUCCACUUUUCAUGAAGACUCCGAAAAAAAAUAAGAGUCGUCUGUUGAGUUCUGAAGAAUAUGAGGAACAUUUAUGCUCAAUCAUCAGCAGCCUGUUCAGGAACACAAAAGGAAGCCAGAAGCAACGAGUUCUCUCAAAAUUUGUUGAAAAUGAUUUUGAAAAAGUCGAUCGAUUAAUGGAAUUGCAUUUAAAAUAUCUGGAGAAAGUCGAGAAUAUUGAUCGAGCCAUUGAGAAUCAAAAAAAGCAAAAACAGCAAGACGACGAGGAGGAUGAUGAAGAAGAAUCAAGUUAUUUGAAAAGGCUCAGUGGUGGAUUAUUUACAUUACAAUUGAUUGACUACAUUAUUCUUGAAAUCUCCGUGACAUCUGAUGGAGCUAAAAUUAAGGAACGAAUACACAAGAUUUUAAAUUUGAGAGGAUCAUCACUAAAAACGAUUAAGGAUAUCAUGAGAGAGUAUGUUGGAAAUUUGGGAGAUGCUCAAAGUGCAGAAUGGCGUGAGCAAGAGAAGUCACAUGUCUUAGGAUUAAUUAAUAGAUUUUAG